ACACUAUUUAAUCAAUCAUGUCUAUGGCAGCGCCUUCCUUGGCAUUUGAUGAAUAUGGGCGACCUUUCAUUAUUAUGAAAGAUCAAGAGCGGCGUAAGAGAUUGAGUGGUUUAGCUGCUCAAAAGACACAUAUCCUUGCUGCUCGAACUAUAGCCAACACGUUGAAAUCAUCUUUAGGCCCUAAAGGAAUGGACAAGAUCAUGGUUAGUCCUGAUGGUGACGUAACGGUUACCAACGAUGGUGCAACCAUUUUGUCCAUGAUGACUAUAGAGCAUCAAAUUGCUAAAUUAAUGGUUGAUUUAUCGAAAUCACAAGAUGAAGAGAUUGGUGAUGGUACCACAGGUGUAGUAGUUUUAGCUGGUGCAUUGUUAGAGCAAGCUGAAAUAUUACUAGAGAAGGGAAUUCAUCCUAUUCGUGUUGCUGAUGGCUUUGAAAUAGCAUCUGAAAUUGCACUCAAGAAUCUAGAUGCAAUCAGUGACGACUUUCCCAUUACUGCCAAUAAUCGUGAACGUCUAAUAGAAACAGCAAUGACAUCUUUAGGAUCGAAAAUAGUCAAUCGUUGUCUCCGCCAAUUUGCUGAAAUGGCAGUUGAUGCCGUUCUGAACGUAGCAGAUUUUAAAACAAAAGAUGUCAAUUUCGAAUUGAUCAAAGUCGACGGAAAAGUUGGUGGUAAAUUAGACGAUAGUAGACUUGUGAAAGGCGUCGUAAUUGACAAAGAUUUUAGCCAUCCACAAAUGCCCAAGAUUGUAAGAGACGCCAAGAUUGCAAUCUUAACCUGUCCUUUUGAGCCUCCAAAACCGAAAACAAAACAUCAUUUAGAUGUAACUUCAGUACAAGAUUAUAAAGAUCUUCGAAAGUAUGAAAUGGAAAAGUUUGAAGAAAUGAUAGCUGAUGUCAAAAAAGCCGGUGCUAACGUAGCUAUUUGUCAGUGGGGAUUUGAUGAUGAAGCUAAUCAUUUGUUGUUACAAAAUAAUUUACCUGCGGUCAGAUGGGUUGGUGGGCCUGAGAUCGAGCUGAUUGCAAUUGCUACAGGUGGUCGUAUCGUACCAAGAUUUAGCGAAUUGAGCGAGAGUAAACUAGGAAAAGCAGGCGUUAUCAAGGAACUAUCGUUUGGAACCACAAAGGAAAAAAUGCUAGUGGUGGAAGAGUGUCUUAACAGUAAAGCUGUGACAAUAUUUAUUCGAGGCGGCAAUAAAAUGAUUAUUGAAGAAGCUAAAAGAAGUAUCCACGAUGCUUUAUGUGUUAUUCGUAACCUGGUUCGAGAUAGUCACAUUGUGUAUGGUGGAGGUGCUGCAGAAAUAUCUUGUGCUAUUGCCGUUAGUAACGAAGCAGAAAAGAUAUCAACGAUAGAACAGUAUGCUAUGAGAGGUUUCGCCGAUGCUUUAGAAGCCAUUCCGAUGGCUUUAGCUGAAAAUUCCGGUUUACAUCCGAUUAUGAAUCUUGCUGAAGUAAAAUCGAGGCAGGUGUCUGAGAAAAAUCCUUAUCUUGGAAUCGAUUGUAUGCGAAACAGCACCAACGAUAUGAAAAAGCAACAUGUUAUAGAAACAUUGCUUGCAAAAAAGAAACAAAUUAGUUUGGCUACUCAGCUGGUACGAAUGAUAUUGAAGAUCGAUGAUAUUCGAGUAAUUGAAGAAAAUUAUGCAUAA